CCUACGGCCUAUUUGGUAUCCCCAUAUCCGGAAUUGUAUAAUACUCCGAAGAUAGUUGGACGGCAUAGUGGAGUUUUCAGCUGCAAAGGCACUAUGUUCGUCGAAGAUGUCCUUCACGAUUGAAUUGCGAUGUGUUGACCAUUCUCGAUGAAUUCUUCGCUGGGUAAUCGGUUGGCGGAUAACACCAACCUAAUAUGGCGAACCCAGGACAAUCACCACCGACGUCUGAUCUGACUGAAGCUUCGGACUGGGACACGGCACUGGUCAUAACUGAUGAAUGGAUGAAGAAAAUCGUUCCGGAGAGGCGGCACAGCGGAUGGGAGGCAGUAGAAAGACAAUGGAUCGGAAAUAAGCAAUCGCAGCAGCCAUCGGAUUCAAGGCCAUCCAGGGAACUUACAAGGAAAGAGUAUGAAGCUAUGGAACGGUUCCCAUAUCCGCAGAGGGCCCUUCCAACUCCACAACUGGAAUUUGACUUUCGAAUGAGAGUUAUUCUGAGUUCCCGGUCUGCUUCAGUUGCCGUAAAUGAUGGCUUUAAGAAAUGGUCUACAUUCUCCGACGGUAGCUGGUCGGGCCGUUUUGGGUACGGUCUUGUUGUCAAUGGAGGACAAGAGAGUCAAGACAUGAUCCAUGGAAAGACAGCGGCAACUUGGGUGGAAGGUAUGCAUCGGCUACAGACCGGGGACGAAGCACCAGCAUACAUCGAAUGUAAAACGAGAGGAAACAUGACCGGACCUUCAGAGCUAGUGAAGGCGCUUCAAGACCCAGAGGCAUCAGCAUCGGUAGACCCAAGAUCGUGUCUAUUCAGGGUGUUUGUCACCAUGAAGACUACGGAUGAGCGGUAUGCAGAGAAACUAAACGCUGGGAUGUGGGUCGGAAGUUGCCUUUGGAAAGGCUUAGAAGUCAUAUAUGACGCAUACCGAGUGAGUUAGCGGAUACUCAUAUGUGGUAGUUAAAUGAUCAUCACUAGGGAUGAAGAAAGCUACCUAGGUACCGACAUGGUCAAUUUGGUGGUCUCAAACCGGCAGCGCUCAAGAUCCGGAUUUCACCUUAGAAUUGCAUUGAAAUUCGUCCAAGUUUAUUUUGGCAUUUGCUAAACACCAGGGUUUUAUCAUGCAAUGCGAUCGAGAUUCAGGUCUCUCAUGCAAGAUGAGGUAAACAUUUGACCUUUGCCAAGGCUCUGUCGGACAUUUUGAUCCCACCAGGUCGGGACCAAUUGUGGGUGUAGUCUAGACCUUGGGAUUCCAUGAUGGCAUUUACGCGAUAACAAACGGAUAUCAAAAAUUACCCCGGAUAGUCACUUAAGUCUAGGUAUCUAAGUUGGUCCCUGCAUUUCCUAGAAUUUCAGGGUCUUGUAGUAACCCACUUUCGUC